GACAUGGGGUUUUAGAGGGUUUAAAUUGAAGGGGCACAUUGUUUACUGCCUUGUUCAGGCUGCUAUUACAGCUAAGGGACUAUCAUAUUUGGGGUAGCUGUAAAAACAUAUUUUGAACGGACAAAGCAAAGGCAGAUCAUUUUAUUAUGUCGAUCUGCCGCUCAUCUGUUGUCUGUGACGACCAUUUAUCUCCUGUUACUCGCGUUAGCGGUGGCAUUGUGGUGACGGUGCCCGGGCAGGCAAGAGCUCGGAUGGAGGCAGCUCAGCCUGCACAGCUGACCGUCGCUCCACCGUCGGCCUGCUGAUGAUUACGGAAUACAUUCACAGCGAGAGCUGGCGAAUCCAUUUUCACAGGCGGAGAAAAGCAGCCUCGUAGAAAUACAAAUUAGAAAACCAGCGUAUAUCGCAGUUCUUUAUGGCUUCUGGCUCCGGAGAUGAAGAGGGAAGCACGGACGGCGCUACAUGGAGACUCAUAGGCCCGACCACGGUGCUUUCCAAGCAGCGGUGCCGUCUGAUGUACUCCUCCCUCGGCUACGACUCUGAUGUCUGCCUCUUUUAUGUGAAGGGGGAGUUUUUCGCUAUGGAUGCUCGCUGUUCACAUUCCGGUAUAGCCUCAAACAAUCCAUCCUCCAUUCACUCAGAUGUUUAUGAUGGCACCAUACUGCACAAUAGCUCAUUUUUGUAAACAUGUAACAAUUACAGGCGAGUAUUUACCGAAAUGCACUGAACUGUAUCUGGAAUGGGGCAAACUGAUUCAUUCAUCCAUCAUCUUGAAUGAACCUUAGCUUGACUUGAAAUACAAGCUGACAUUAUCAUUGAAUCAAGACAGUACAGAUAUUUUAUUAUAAUUAUGAUAGUCAUGUAUUUUGGGGUGAGGUAUUUGUAACAUUUGCUUUGUCUCCCAGGCGGCCCUCUGUGUGAGGGGGACAUUGAGGAGGCUGAUGGGGUCCUGCAGGUCUUCUGCCCCUGGCAUGAUUACGACUUUGACCUCAGAACAGGGAAGUCAGGGACCUCCUUACAGGUCAGUAAUGAAAUGGCUGUAUGAAGUUAUUUUUGCUCAGCAUGAUAGAUAAAAGUCUUCUUGUACCCUCAAGAAAAAACAGACACGUAACAUUGAUGAAAUCUCCUCCCAAGGAUGAUAAAUUAGUUGAAAUGUAUGAAAACUGAAAUCAUGAGCACCUCAAAUGUAGCCCAUCAGAGGGAGUUACCAAAUACUGCCAGCAGUAAGUGAAUAAAUCAUCCACGCCUAUUAAAUGCUGGACUUUGGACUAAUUGACAAGGCAUGAUAAAUCAUCGCUCAUCAGUCAGAGUAAAGAUUGUGUUCCCCUCUUUUGUUCUAAUAAACAUUUGUCUUCUUCUGUUCUGUUGUCCAGAUACAUGUGCCAGUGAUCAGUCUAAACAAGGGCUUAACUUUCAAUAAACAUCUCAUCUUCUUUUCCAUUUAUCAUUAUUAUACACUUUUGUUUUGCUCUCUAAUCACUUUGAAGUUUACUGUGAGGAAGGGGGAUUAGAAUAACUAUUUUUCUAAUGUCAGUGAGUUUAUGUACUGACGAAAACUUGCUUGAUGUUUAAUCCAUACAUUAUGAUAUUAACUGUAGGCUGACUUGUACUUGUGAGGUUCUGUGCAAGCACUUCCUGCCUCCACGGUAGCUUGUGAAGAUGUGAGUUCAAUUUUUUUCGACUCUUGUCCCUCUUUAUCUCUUUCUCUUCAGCAACAAGUGUACGAAGUCAAGCUGGAGGAUGGUAACGUGUACGUGAAACACGCCAGCAGACUUUCACUUCAGCCUUUUCCUGCCGAUCAGAAGAGCUGAUUGAACGUCCUCAGUGAGACUAUCCCACCCCUGAGUCCGCUGUAAGCCCACUCUGGCUAUUUUUAAGACUUGUUCCACAAACCCAAGCCAUCUGAAACAUUCCUGAGCCUUAUCGUCCGUUUUCACAGACCAUUUCUCCUUUGAUUGCUGUGAACUCCAGAGGAUAUCAAAAGGAUUGUCCGGAGAAGACAUGACUUCAUUAAAUUGUUUCAGAGUUUUUCUUACUGGCGUUCCACAUAGAGAGACUCAUUAACAUUGAGAGCUAUGGGCAAAUAUGCAACAUAAAGGGUAAAGAAUAAUUUAUGCUAGCAUAAAAUUAGUUUGCAAAUGUCAUUGUUUGCAAGAUAAAAGCAAUUUUCCCAAUCCUUAUUAUUUGAAUUUAUGCAUCCCUCUGAAUCAUUUGCUGAUAAAUUUAUACCAGUGUUAUCAAAAUAUGUUGAAAGUUCUGCAUUACAUAGAAUUAAAUCUGCACCAGUCUUUGCAUCUUUGGUUGUAAGCAGCCAAAAUAUAAUCAGUAUUUGAGUGAGCUGGUCGGCCCUCACAAGCAAAUUGUGUCUCAAACCGCCCCAAAAAUGUUAGACAUUCUUUGAAAUACAAACAGUGUAAUUUAAAAACAGUCAAACCACAACUUAAAUCAGAGGAUGAAUUAAACAUGCAACCAUAUUGAAUCUUGAAGCCUUCAUCCUGGGACAUAUUAGAGGUAUCAGGAUUCAUCACAUUGUGCAAAAUGCAAUGCUUACCCAGUGAUGCAGGACUUGUGCAAAAUUAAUGACAAAGAUCUUUUUUUUUCUCUCGUUUCUUUCUUUUGUUUUUCUUGACUAAACUUUUUACUUCGAGUUAUUAGUUGGGGAAUUUUGUGAAAAUCCAAGUUCACACCAUCGGCAUAUGAGGUGGAAUAAGCAGAGAACCUUUUUAUGAGUGUUAAGUUCCACUUAUUUUCAAUGGAAGAAUUUGUAAUAAGAGAAGUGUUAUGCAGGUCUCGUUCAGCAGCUAAUUUCUGAUUAAUGUAAAUGGUCUCGUGUUCAUUAAUAAGCCAUCCAUGUCUCUAAUGAGGCCCUAAAUUGUGAAACUUUUCAUCCUCAUUGCUGAGUUACGGCCUUUGGAAAGCUCUGGGCAUUUCUUCCAGUGAUGUCACUCAACAGAAAAGCCCUUUCAGUAUUCGUAUAUCUGGACUGUUUUAACCCAAAUAAAGUUCCAGCAAGCAGAACACACAUGGAGGGCACCGCAAUUACGAUUGGUGGCAGGCCCGGCAGUAAGACGUCUCCAUCAGCGUUUCCCUCCAUCCCUGGCCUGUUUUCAGACAGGUUUGUCUGUUACUGACGCAAUGGGACUCAAAAGAAACGGUUAGUGAGGCGCCGGGGUAAGGUUCACGACCUGAAAUGCACCAUUGACGGAGGAAAAAUGUGUUUUUCUACUUUUAUGUGUGUGUAUGUGUGUGUGCACCGAUCCGUGAGUGUGUGUUUUUUGUAUUUCUCAGUGGAGAGAGCAGUCACUUAGUAUAUUUUCUGUCAGCUCUACUUUCUGGCAGAGGCACAGAGUCCAGUCCUGGAGGUGUCAGUGACAGUGUGGCUCAACACUCUCAUUUUCCUUCCUGCUGUGCCCCCUGUUGUGCAACUUUAUUACAAUAAUAUUUCCAUUGGCUAAAAUGUCCGUUGGGUUCACCGGGGCUCUUGCUGUCUGGAGUAUAACUCAUCACCUGGAGGGUAAUGGUUUUACACAGUGGAGAUGAGCUAUUUCACGUAGGUAGAAAGCAAAUAUUGUUCAGAAUUUUGCACAGUCUCUUAAUCUAUACAGCAUUCUUGUCAGGCAUUUGCCAGAUGUCUCCAUAUUUUUAUAUGCUUGUUUAAUUUUAAUGUAUCGUUACCUGAACGCUGUACUUUGCCAAUGUGCAAGAAACCCUUUUUAAAGCAUUUACUUGUAUUCUUUUGUUUUCAGCUGCCAUUAUUUUGCUUUUGAUUAAACUGUAUUUGUUGUUAUUUAUGCGAACUUGAACAUUUUCUUGUUUUGUUUGGUUCAUUAAUUAAAUUGAUAACUGUACUGUAA